AACUACUUACUUUACUUCCUUUGAGAUUCAGCAACCAUGCUUUCUUCCAACACCUUUUCUCUUUCUCUCAUCUUAUUCCUUUCCUUCUUUUCUCCUUCACAAUCUCACAACAACAAGGUUUCUCUUGAAUUAUACUACGAAAGUUUGUGCCCUUUCAGCGCCGAUUUCAUCGUCAAUUAUCUUCCCCAAAUCUUCCAUCACGAUCUUCUCUCCAUCGUUGAUCUUAAACUCGUUCCUUGGGGUAAUGCUAGACUUAAAGGUGACAAAACCUUUGAUUGCCAGCAUGGUCCAAAUGAGUGUUUGCUGAAUACGGUUGAAGCGUGUGCUAUUGAUAUCUGGCCUCAAUUGAACAAGCAUUUCUCUUUCAUCUAUUGUAUUGAGGAUCUUGCGCUUAAGGGUAAGCGCAAAGAAUGGGAAUCUUGUUAUGAGAAACUGGGUCUGGAUUCAUCAACUGUCAAUGAUUGUUAUCGUAGUGAACGCGGAAACGAGUUGGACCUAAAGUUAGCAAAUGAAACAAAUGCUCUACAGCCUCCUCACGAGUACGUUCCAUGGGUGGUUGUGGAUGGAAAACCACUCUACGAGGAUUUUGAAAACUUCAUAAGUUAUAUCUGCAAAGCUUAUCAAGGCACUGAUGCACCCAAAAUUUGCACCAAAGCAUCAUAUCUUAGUACUGUUUGGGUGGAAGCAAAGGGUAAACAUUCAUUUUGCGAUAUGGAAAGAGUGAUGUCAACGUGGAAUAAAAUAAAGUCGACCAUUGCCUCAUGGACGAAUCAGAUGAACUUUCUAGUGGCAAUGUAAAUGCGUCAAUGCUAUGUGUGACUUAGAAUCUGUUUGUUUCUAUUGUCUUGUAAUAAUUCCUGAAAAACUGCAACUUGUAAUGAGUUAGUAGUACUUUCUCAGUUAAACACUGCUGUGUAUAAUUUAUGUUUGUAAGUGUAAUUCUAUAAUUUGGAUAUGAAAGAAACAAAAGAAAGGGUGGCUAAAGUAAAAAACAUUGAGUUGUUUCAUAAAGAAGGAAUACAAAUUUAGAUACUUACUAAGAA